UUCAUCGAAGGUCAGAGACAAAACUUUUCAAGUUUUGAUCCUUCAGUUCGGAGUUUAUUUAAUAAGCAUUUUGCUUUACCAUCAAGCUUUCUAUAGCAGUCAUGGCUUCACGAGAUGGGCCUAGGGCUUCUGGAACUGAUGGCUCAGAUUUUAGUCACAGACAGCGUGUGGCUUCACAUUACAAAGAGAGCGUCCUUUGGAAGGGGAAAUUAAAAGCUUGUCUUUGCCUCCAUUUAUUUCUGAUCGUGGCUGCUGGAGGUUGGAUUGCUGCUGCUUACAAUGGAAUGGUUAAAGAUCAACCAAAACUUUGGCAGGCAGCCUGGUUAUUGAGUGCUCUACCUACAAUUGUAGGGCUUCUAAGCCUUCCAAAGAACAAUACCAAACAACUUUACAUUUAUGCAUUUGCAACAUUAUUUAUUGGGGUUGGUCCUCUAGCAUUUGGUGCUUGUGUAAUGGUUCAAGAAAUCUUCUAUAAUGUUAGUCAAGGAAGAGCACCAGCUACCCAGGAACAUCAGAUGGCACCAAUGAAAAUGGCAUUGUCAGCUUUCCUGAUUCAAUUUCAUGGAAUCAGUUUGUAUUACGCAAACAAGCUCAUUACUGCAUGGAGUUCCAAGGGAGAGAAAAAGAACUCAUAAUGCAUCACAAAUCUGAACUUAGUUAGAAGGCUACAGAAGGAUAUCAUCAGAGAGAAUAGAACUAUUCCUCCAAGAACUGGACAGUAUGAAUUAAGUCAAAAAGAAAAAUGCUUAUGGCUUCAAUUAACAAAAGCAGUAAAAUUUCCAGUCCAACGUUGGUAUUCUAGAACCUAUGAAUUUUCAUUGAAUUCUAAGUGUAACAGGUAUUUGGUGAAAUACUUGUAACCAUAGUUAGUCAAUUAUUCUGUUGUAACUAAGAACACUCUUGGAUCAAACACCAAACUUGUUACCUGAAGACCUGUUUCAGGUCCAUGCAAGUAGUGUAGAAACGGAGGAGAUCUAACAAAUGUAAGUUAGAAGAGAAUCUUGUUUCCCUAGGCUUCAAUUUAUACCUUUUCCUCUCCAGUUUUGCAGGAUUUUUAGGAAAAGGUUCUGCAAGCUGGUUGUGACAGAAAAACUGAUUAGUUACUUGGGGUUAGGCAUAUGUACACCAACAACUUUGAUCCACUUUCCCUUUAUCAGUCAAUUUGAGUGUCAGAAGCGAGCUAAGAAAGCUAGAAACCUUUAGUCAGUAGGAACUAGGUUGAAAU